UGGACUACGCCCACUGAGAAAAAAAAAAUGAAAACACACGGCCGAGGGCCUCGCACAGGAGCUUUGCCAUAGCUCAGAGCAGAGCUUCCUUCACUCUCCAUCUCCUCGUGUCAUGCUGUAAACUCACUAUAACAGCUAAACGGACUUGUUGCAGCACAAUUCUGGAAACUUGAGAUCUGAAACCACAGCUGAGGGGGUCCUUCGUGUUUGAACCCCACCUCCUCUUGCCCUGCGCACCCUCCCGCUCCCCCAGAUCCCAGUGGCGGCGCACUGAAGACAUAGCCAUGAGCACAGUCUACCCAACACGAUCUCCCUCACCGACUCAGGAGCUCAUAAGCAGCACAGAAAGCCUGCCACAAUUCACUACCAGCUCUUCUUCUAGGGAGGAUUACUUCAUUCCUUCAGCAGUUCCAACUGAUGCCCCCAGAUCUGAUUAUGGGUGGUACAAUGGCAUCCUGGCAGGGGUUGUCAUCGCCAUCAUACUGGUACUGCUCAUACUGGCCGCUGUGCUGCUGCGCUACAUGUACCGCCACAAGGGCUCGUACCACACUAAUGAGGCUAAGGGCACGGAGCACGCAGAGACGGCUGACGCCGCACUUAGAGGAGACCCUGCCCUCCGGGAGGCCGUGGAUGACAGCAAGAAGGAAUACUUCAUCUGAGGAGCACUUCAUCUGCAUUCGUUACCAAGCCUGGAGUUCAGUCUACAGCUUGCUGGGGACAGACUUCAGCCUGUAAAAAAAAAUUAUAAAUAUCCUACAGAUUGGCCAUUGAUUGAUACUGAGAAGCCAUCGCAAAAAGGUCUUUUUCUGUGUCUUCUUAAAUGAAGCUUGAGAAUGAAGUACCUGACACCAGCUUAGCCAGAAAGACACAGAGCAUGUGACACCACCAUGACACUGACCCUGCCCUAUACUCCCAUCUCUCUAACAAUCUUCUCAACUAGCUCAGCAACCGCUUCUAUUUCUUACGCCAGUGCUGGAAAUCGCUGUCCAUGAUGCAGAUUUACUUCACCAAAUCCCUUCUGACAUCACCAAAGUCUUUGGAUAGUAGGGCUGCUGAAUGGCCUUUGAGACAAUGUCUAUCAAGACAAGGACCCCAAGCUCUGAAGAGGGACCAAAGGCACAUCCAUGUACUUUCGAAAUGCCUGCUGUACUCAUUUUCUGCAGGUCUGAACACUACACUUGUAUCCCAGUCUUAGUGCUAUAUGCAGUAGCUACCCGUAUACUUAUAUAUUCCUGCACACCAAAAUACACUGCACUUAAACCAAAUAACGUAUCACCUCAGGUUUUUUCCUUGCUGUGUAGUCAAUCCCAGCGCUGUUUUGCUAAAAUAAAUGCAAAUAUAAAAGAAGUAUAACCUCAAUCACUUGAGAAGG